GAUUUCGCCUAUGACUUUGUAGAGGAUCAGACCUCACCAAGAUUGCGGCAGAAGGAACACGAGGCUCCAGCAACUUUCAGCACCUGCUCCAAGAAUUUGCGGCAGAACACGCUGGAAAACUUGGACUCUUUCCUCACCAGCCUUACAGCUGCUGCUGACUAUGAUACCUUCUUGAAGGUGAUGCUGAAUGAAAUGAUCAGACAACAGGAAGCUGGUAUUCUUGCCGCUGCACCUGGCAGUCAGCAGAUCCAGGUCACUGUGCCGGAGGGGCUGAGUAUUGAUGCUGAUUACCGAAGGGGCUACCCACCGACGAUGCAGACCAUGCCCGUGGAGUAUCAAGGAUACACCUAUCAAGUUCCGAUUCCAUCGGGAUACGGUCCUGGUGCAUCCUUCAACGUCACGGUGGCCAUGCCCUGCCCGAGUUAG